AUGAGUUCCUAUGACCUGUACGUGACCUUCCGGGGGGACCCUGACCCGGAUCGUCCGACGGAGGAGCCCACCGGAAUAACGGUCGCGUGUCAGCUUCUGCAUCACAGGCUGGCUCUCUGCCUCAAGGAGGCGACGGCGGAAGGCAGAACCGAAGACUCUGACUUGGUGUCCAAGGAAGAUCAGCGCCUCAGGCAACUUGUCCCCACUCUGGAGAGCUCCAUGAAGCCCGUGGAUCCGGUCCCGCACUCUAUCGGAGACAUGAUCACUUAUCGCGUCCCGAAGUUUGUGUCUGACGCCGUCGAGAGUGUGGUUACCACUGGCAAGCUUCCCUCCAACAGCAAGGUCACCAGAGUGUGGGUGGCCGAGCGUGCGGCCAAGAUCGCCGAAGAGGAUGAAGAUACCUGUUAUGACCGAUCGAAACCCAUCGAAAGGCGUGCAAUUCGCGAGCUUGCUUUCGCGCUUCACGUUAUCAGCAAUGGGGAACGCGGAUGUAAGGAAGUCAGUAGGCCCAUUAGGCUCUGCGUGCUGUACAUGGCCAAGCCCCCCUCUUGCUUUUCCCCUCGAGCACCCGGACCCUCUGCCCGUGAACCUGCUCGGCACUCGCUCCUCGACAAGCACACUGGAAUACCAUCGAUGCCUCCAAACCUCAAGCGACUUUUCCCGUUAGCUGGCUCGGAACGAUCCCGUCGUGAAAGACAUGCUGGCUCCGAGCUCUCAACGAGCGCUACUGCGUCACAAGACCUCAGCAUCGGCCCCCACAUCCCCCCGAAGGCCUUUGGUGAACAGCCUGACAGAACCAUUGUGGAGACCCGCAAGAUCGAGGACGAGCUGAUGGCCGAUAAGAUUACCGAUGUCUUGACCGGCGAUACCAAAGACUUCCUCGGCGAAUACGACAACGAGAUCUGGAGCUUGAUCACCAGCUUCAAGGACCCGGACGUCAGAAGGGUGUUGUGCAGCUUGUUCAUUCACGGAGCAGCCGAGAAGAACAGCGCUAUGAUGAAUGUCUCCGUCAUACGCGAAGCAGGCGUCUUGAUCGGCGACGAUUCAUCUCGGUUCUUCCAACCGAACGGUGAAUCGAAGAUGCGAGUGAGCUGGACUUGGACUGUUGUUCCCGAGGAGUCGGGGUGGUGA